CCAGGUGUCCAUGAGCUGCUGUCAGUCAGAAGGUCGCAUAGUCCAAGAUGGGCUCUUCUCAGGCACCCCGGAUGGGGCGUGUGGGAGGGCAAAGGAUGAUGGCAUUGCUGCUGGCUGGUCUCCUCCUGCCAGGGACCUUGGCUAAGAGCAUCGGGACCUUCUCAGACCCAUGUAAGGACCCCACUCGUAUCACCUCCCCCAAUGACCCCUGUCUCAUUGGGAAGGAUGGCUCCAGUAGCUUCAGUAGCCACAGCGGCUCCAGCAGUUCCGGCAGUUCCGUUUCCAGUUCCAGUGGCUCCAGUGGUGGCUCCAGUGGUGGCUCCGGUGGCUCCAGUGGUGGCUCCGGUGUUGGCUCUGGUGUUGGCUCCAGUGUUGGCUCCAGUGGAUCCAGCGUCGCCCAGGGUGGUUCUUCAGGAUCUUCGUUACUUAAGCCAGGAACAGGGUAUUCCCAGACAAGCCACUCCUCCAGUUCUGGCUCUAGUCUUCAGGGUGCAUCCAGCUCCUCCCAGUCGGGCAGCAUCAGGCCCCCAACGGGAAGCAUCAACUCCCCAUCAGGCAGCAUCAGCUCCCAGUCAGGGUCUGGCUCAGCUCUACCAACUGACGGUGGUUCUUCAGGCAGCAUCAGCUCCCAGCCAGGGUCUGGCUCAGCUCUACCAAUCAACAGUGGUUCUUCCCGCUUGGUAGUAAGCUCUUCCCAGUCUGGAAGAGGCUCAAGCUCUUCCUUUUCCCAAACCUCCUGGACAUCCAACAGUGGUGGCCAAAAGGUCAACUCCAACCUGCGCCCUUGUAGUUCAGACGUCCCCGACUCUCCCUGCAGUGGGGGGCCCAUCGUCUCAAACUCUGGCCCCUACAUCUCCAACUCCCACUCUGUGUCAGGAGGUCAAAGGCCUGUGGUGGUGGUGGUGGAGCAGCAUGGUUCUGGUGGCCCCAGAGUGGUUCAAGGUGUUCCCUGUAACAAUGGUGGCCUUUCAGGCAAGCCCUGUCCUCCCAUCACCUCUGUAGACAAAUCCUACGGCAGCUAUGAGGUGGUGGGUGGCUCCUCUGACAGUUAUCUGGUCCCAGGCAUGACCUACAGUAAGGGUAAAAUCUACCCUGUGGGCUACUUCACCAAAGAUAACCCUGUCAGAGGCUCUCCAGGGGCCCCCUCCUUUGCAGCUGGGCCCCCCAUCUCUGAGGGCAAAUACUUCUCCAGCAAUCCCAUCAUCCCCAGCCGUGGCUCCUCUAGUUCCAACAUCUAUCAGUCAGGAGCUUCCUCGGCCAUUGCGUUCCAGCCCGUGGGCUCUGGUGGCGUCCAGCCCUGUGGAGUCAGCUCUAAAGGCUCUAAGGGGCCCUGCUCCCUCUCCAGUUCUGGAGUCCACAGCAGUUCUAGCGUUUCCAGCAGUUCUGGUUCAUCCUCCCAUCCCUGCGGCGGUGUUUCCCAGGGGCCCUGCUCCCCACCUGGCACUGGCUCCUUCAGCGGCAGCUCCAGCUCCCAAUCCAGUGGCAAAAUCAUCCUUCAGCCCUGUGGUAGCAAGUCCAGCUCUUCUGGUCACCCUUGCAUUUCUGUCUCCUCCUCAACACUGAGUGGGGGUCCCAAUGGCUCUCCCCAACCUGAUCCCUCAGCUGGUGCCAAGCCCUGUGGCUCCGGCAGUUCUGGAAGGAUCCCCUGCCGCUCCAUCAGGGACAUCUUGGCUCAUGUGAAGCCUCUGGGGCCCCAGCUGGCUGACCCUGAAGUUUUCCUACCUCAGGGAGAGUUACUUGACAGACCAUAAGCCAGAUUUUGCUUAUGUAUAUGUGCAGGCAUACACACAGAUGCACACACCAUCUCUCUUGAGAGAAGUCCAGGGGCCCAGGCAUGAGGUUAGCUCAUUUUCCCUCCUCCCUCCCAAGAGAGGUCCUCUACUUCCUCCAUUGCUCCAAUGUGGCAGACUCUCCCUUAUCACCUCUUCUUUCUUCAUCUCCCCAAAUUGUAGAGUCCAAAUCCCUUUCCUCAUUCUUUCCUACUGCUUAGAUUCCCAUUCUACUGCAGUACCCUCCCUGCCAGAUAACCAUGCCCUAAAAUUUCCUCUGCCAUUUCUUUGAGAUGGUACAGUCCUUUGGCUAACCCUGCCCAUUAAGAUUCUUGACUUGGAAACCCUUGAAAUGUCCCAGAGUAACUCUGAUGUCUCGACAAGUCAUCCUCUUCUCUCCCCUUUUGCCAAAUAAAGCACAGCCCAAACCAUUACCUGAAAACAAUGACCUCUUUGCCAUAUGGUCAACCAGCACAAUAUGCCAUUGGGUUCUCACACUCCUAAUUCCUCUCCCAUCCCCCAUUAGAGAGCUCACUACAUUCCUCUGUGAGUUCCCAGCACUCCUCCUUGCCUCUCAAGGUCUCCAUGUCAGUCCCCCUUUUUGGCUGCCAUUUCCCUCAAGGCUCAGAUACUUCCCUGUGUGAGGAAGAUGCCAGGGCUCUGCAGAGACUGGAGCAGGCUCCCUGCUCUCUCUGGAUCCUGGACAAAUGUCUCAAUAAACCGUGUGAACUAGA